AUGUCUGCUACGAAACCGAAACGCUUGUUACAAGUGACUUGUGCUAUACUAUGGUGUCUUCUUGCCGCUGGGCCAGUGUUCGGUUUUGCUGCUCUCAAACCGGUGCUUAUCGCCCAAGGCGUCUAUCUGGAUCGAUGUGACAUUUCCACCAGCGACAGCCAGGUUCCAUGUACUGAGCAGGAUUUGGCAUUAAACUUGAUGUUUACAGUCGCUUGUAUGGUUACAAACAUUUCUGCAUUGCCUGUUGGUUACAUUUUGGACAUCUAUGGCCCGAAGAUCACGGGCAUCAUCGGAUCCAUCAUCUUACUGCUUGGCGCAAUUGCCAUGAUAUUUGCUCCAUCUGUGGACUUUGCAGACCUCUACUUGGCCUGUUAUACGUUGUUGGCAUUGGGAGGACCGUUUGUGUUUAUUUCGUGCUUUCAGUUGGCCAACUCGUUCCCAAAGAACUCAGGUACCAUUUUGGCCUUACUUACAGGUUCAUUCGAUACUUCAUCUGCCCUUUUCUUGGGCUACAGGGUGAUCUAUACUAAUUACUUUGAAUUACCUGUGUCAAGCUUUUUCACUUACUACUUGGUUGUACCGUUAUUUAUCUUCAUCUGCCAACUUACCAUCAUGCCUACCACCUCCUACAAAACUGUUGGGACCUUGGCAAAGAUCGCUGAAACGGCCAUUGAUGAAUCAGGACGGCCAUUGGACAAAACAAAGCUUUUGCAACAGGAUAGGAACAUAGUACCUGAGCCGGUUGAACAAGCGUCCAUGUCUGAAACUACCAGCUUGUUGAUGAGAAGAGCUUCCUUUGGAGUCCACGAGACGGAUAGAAGAAGAGGCCUGAACGUUCUGAGAGCCUCCAGAUCUUCAAACAAAUCUGUUUACGAGCAAGACGCUGAGGAUAAGCUCUACGAGUCAACAGGAGGAGUGUUCGGAAUAUUGCAUGGUUACAGCAUCAUCGACCAAAUAAGAUCACCGUGGUUCUAUUUGAUGGUUGUCUUCACCACCAUUCAAAUGCUUAGGAUCAACUAUUUUGUUGCUACCGUAAGGGCCCAGGAACUCUACUUGUACGAUGGGGACCAAGAGCUUGCGGCGCAGAUCAACCAUUUCUUUGACAUAGCGUUGCCCUUGGGAGGCAUCUGCUCCAUUCCAUUUAUUGGCAUGAUUCUUGAUAAUAUGACCACUCUUUCUGUGUUGUGGAUUCUUUCCAUAGUGUCUGUUUCAGUGGGCAUACUCGGUCUUGUCUCUUGGCUUCCAGGAACUUAUGCUGGCAUAGUUUUACUUGUGCUUUACAGACCAUUCUACUACACUGCCGUUUCUGAUUUCUGUGCAAAAGUGUUCGGUUUUGAAACUUUUGGCACCGUUUACGGUACGAUUGUAUGCAUUUCAGGCAUUUGUAAUAUCUUCCAGCAGCUCUUGGAUAGGAUCACACACGUUAUGUUUAACACGAAUCCUGGUCCAGUGAAUUCGGUGUUGACUGCGUUGACUGUGGUUUUUGCUCUCGCUUUGAUCUUCUUCGUAAGAUCCCAAGAGAUGGAGAUGAAGAGAAGAAACCUUGAGUUGGAAGCAGAGAACUCUUCCCUGCAGUGGAUACCCCAUUGA